AUGUUUACAUUUUUAGCAACUACUAUAUUGAUGUCAAGAAAUAAAAAACUAGACAUCAAAGACUACUGGUCUACUGACCCAUUACUGAGCUCACCAAUUUUUAGACAAAUAACUUCUAGAAACAAAUACUUAUUAUUACUUCAAAUGCUUCAUUUCUGCAACAAUGACAAUCAAGAAAAAAGAAACCGUCUAUUCAAAUUAGAUAUUAUAUUAGAUGAAAUUCACACAAAUUUUAAGGCUGGAAUGGUGCCUUUUCAAAAUAUAGUAAUUGAUGAAAGCUUAGUCCUCUGGAAAGAUAGACUAAGCUUUAAACAAUUUAUCAAAACAAAAAGGCAUCGUUUUGGAAUAAAAUUAUUUGUCCUCUGUGACAUUGAGACCGACUUCAUCCUUGAUUUCAUUAUGUAUACUGAAGCUGAAACAAGAUUACUUCCAUAUGAUGCAAAUAUUGGCAUAUCAGGAGCUGUUGUAAAAACUUAUAUUGCACCAUACUUGAACAAAGGAUAUAACUUGUAUACUGAUAAUUGGUUUACUUCCCUAAUAUUAGCAAAAAGAGAAGUAUUCAUGUUAUCUACUAAGUUUGAUGAUAAACUAGAUGACUCUGGCAAGUUGGACUGUAAAGGUAGUAUUGAUAAGACAGAUAUACUACAAAGUUCAGUAGAAUGUGUUAGAAAAACCAGCAAAUGGUACAAAAAAUAUUUUUUCAUCUGA